AUUUCAACCCGACCCGAAUUCCGAUUGCGAUUUCCCCCAAAUUCUCGCUCCCUCCUCCGAAAUGGCUCCUGUAGAUCCCGCAACCUGGACCCAUGAAUCCUCUAUCAUCAAGGAGGAUGAACUUCGUGAAGUGGCCGAGCUUCUGGGCAGAGGCUUCCGGGUCCACCAUCCCAAUGCUGCCGGAGGGGUGUCUUCCCCCGAAAGGUCAAAAACUCCUCCUGUUGUGGAAUCCAACCCAGCCGGGAGCUCCUCCGGGAGCCAGGCCCAAGGCAACACCACUGCCUUGGCUGUUUGCAAACCGCCUGCUGCCUUGGACGUCAUUCCCAUCUCCGCCAUUCUUGGGUUAAGGAAACCCACGCCAUCCCGGAAACGACCACGGGAAGGGGUUACUGGCGAUGAUUUCCUUCCCAAGAAUAAUAAAAGUGAGGGUACUCCUGCUUCGCUCAGCCCCUUGACCACAUCUUCUGGUACCCAGAGUACUGCCCCUGCUGCCGCAUCCGGAGGUUUGGAGUUACCCAACCCGGAUAGCUUAGAUCGUGAGGGGGAUGAACUUCUGGACCAGUCAGCACUCAAAAGACCUGCAGUGCAGCCUCAGCCUGAGGUGAUCAAUACCUCUCCACUAAGCGCAACCAUUUCCCAAGGGGUAGAGGGAGAAGCUGACAGGCAGAAAGAGCCGGAGACUUCUCCUGCGAGAGAGAAGAAGGCCUCCCACUGGACUAUCCAGGGAAAUCUAGAGAAGAUGAGGGAGUCAGUGCAGGAGCCUGCAUUUCCCCAGGCACGCCCCGACUUGCUUGCCCUCAAUGCUCUGCACUUCAUGGAGCAGGCCCAACAAUCACUCCUCACCCUGACUGAGCAGUACUUGGGUGGAGCAUCAGGGAACUACCGGGCCGUAGUGGUCCUGAAGGAGAAGGAGUUGGCUGUCAGGGCUCUGCAGCAGAAAGUCGACACUCUGGAACAACAAUUCCAGGUCCUCCAAGAAGAGAAUGCCCGACUCAAGGCAAAUGGCUCAAUGGAACUAGCAGCUGAAAGGUCCAGGGUCAAGUCCCUGCAAGAGCAGAUUUCUAUUUACCAAAGGGGGACCCUGGAUCUAGAAACACAGUUUGACAGACUCCAGGCGCAAAUCUCCAUCCUAGAGUCAAAGGUCUCAGCUUCAGAAGACAAGGUAGGGAGUCUAAAGACUGAGCUGGUUGAAAGGGAGUCCCGGAUCUUUAAGCUAGAGAAUUCCCUCCAUGACGCCAAGCAGGAGAGCGCCCAUCUCAACGACCUCGUGAUAAAACACAUAGAGGCGAAACGGCUUAUCCUCGGGAAGUUGGAGAAAGAGAGACAGACUGCCAGCGAGCUCCGGUCAAGGAUGGAUGAACUGGAGAAGACAAUAGCUGCUCAUCAAGGGGAGGUGGCUGCCCUGACCACCCGCGCUGAGGCCCUCUACAAAGAAGGGAAGUUUGGGAGGAGAAUCACCUUCAUCUCCCCCAACUGGCAUCAGGGGGUGCUCUUCCGGGUUCCAGCGCCCCUCCUAACGGUUCCAGAACGGAAGUUUCUUCUGGCUAUCCUGGCACGUCCCGUCCGCAGAAGAGACGCAAUCCCCACUCAGGAGCUUCCCGGUUGGUCUCUGGCGCGAGGCCUUCCUCCCAAGAGUGAAGUCGUCUCGGAUGAUGAUUUCUUCGCCUCUCCAGCUCAAUCCAACGACGUGGCUGGGCUGAGUCCCGGCGAAUUCUCAAGGCUAUAUCCGGCACUCCGUCUUCCUGCACCAUCUCCUCCUAGUCCACCCAGGCUUCCAUCCGAGAGGAUAGGCUGGGACUCUAUGACCCUCCAAGACUUCGCCUUGUACCAGAGGAUGCGCAGGGCUAAACUUGGGCGUUCUUUGCCGUCUGCCGAGGCGGAACCUUCACGUGAAAGUCGGACUGCUUCUCCAAACUUGCUGAAGUCUCUCAAUGAUGGUUCUUCAUUGGGAGCACCAGCUCCCCGUCCUGGGACGUGGGAAAACUAUGACAUAGAGGAGGCGGCUGAUUCCGCCGCGUGCCCCUCGUCGCAGGGAAGGAGCCCGUGGAAGGGGCCCCCACCUCCUUCCUGUUGACUGCAUGGAUGCAAUAGGACCUCCUUCAGUGCCUAGCCCCCUGCAAAUUAAAUUUCUUCUCCUUGUUUUAUUUCAGGAGGCAUUCACUUGUUGGGUCCAGGAGUUUUUCUUGCGUCCCAUACUAAGAAAUGUCCUUCAAUUUC